UGUUUAUGUUUAUGUUUAUUAUUACGUAGUAUUAUAAAAUGAAAUUCAUAGUAGUUAAAAAUGCUGUAGUUGACAAUCGUUAUCGCGUAAUGUUAGUUAAGAAGAAUUUAACGGGGAAAAUGACAUCAUUAUUUUCAGUUACAAUUCCCGAUAGUUGAAAUAGGGUUUACAACUCUGAAUGCUCGUUCGGUAGUUGACGUACAGAUGUAAAGUUGCGGACGACUUUCGAGUUGAAUUAUGGCGUCUCCGCGCCCGAAGUCGCCGCGACCACCAAUUUCUGCAAAGAAGGAUGAAAAAGAAGAGAGUUUUUGGGAUAAAAUUGGAACAUUGGGUCGAAAGAAGCGUAUCAAAGAAGUGCAAGAAGUGCAAGAAGAGGGAAAAUAUGCUAUUGACUCGCCAGGAUAUGCGGCUAACCCAGAGAUGCCACCAGAGGAGUAUGCGCUCGACGAAAAUGAGGAACGUUCCAUGAUAGAACCCAGGUCUAUGGAGGAUUCGAAGCUCAAAGAGCUGAUAUUCGUGUUAAUUGAAUGGAUUAACGACGAAUUGGCGGAUCAACGUAUUAUUGUAAAAGAUAUCACUGAAGAUCUUUACGAUGGACAGGUAUUGCAGAAACUUUUAGAAAAAUUGACAGGAAAGAAGCUAGAUGUUCCUGAAGUAACUCAAUCAGAGGAAGGACAAAAACAGAAAUUGGCGGUUGUUUUAUCCAGCGCUAAUCGUGUUCUGGGUCGUUACCCACCUUACAAAUGGAGCGUGGAAUCGGUUCAUUCGAAAAAUAUUGUCGCUAUUUUGCACUUGUUGGUUGGUUUGGCGAGACAAUUUCGCGCACCAGUCCGAUUACCAGAAAGAGUGGCUGCACAGGUUGUCGUUGUACGGAAAAAAGAUGGUCAAUUGAUACAUAGAACAGUUAGGGAAGAAAUUACAUCGACGUACGAUGACUUGGGGAUGCGCUGUGAGCUCGACGCUUUUGACGAGCUUUUUGACCAUCCAGCCGACAAGCUUGCCGUCGUUAAAAAGUCACUAAUUAACUUUGCCAAUAAACAUUUGAGUAAAGUACAUUUGGAAGUGACAGAUUUGGAUACGCAAUUCCACGACGGAGUUUUUUUGACUCUUUUACUUGGACUUCUCGAGGGUUUCUUCGUCCCUUUGGGAAGCUUUCAUUUGACUCCUAAAACGCACGAUCAAAAGGUCCACAACGUUUCGUUUGCUUUUGACAUUAUGCAAGACAUCGGACUGCCAAAGCCGAAAGCCCGACCAGAAGAUAUCGUAAAUUUGGAUUUGAAAUCAACAUUACGCGUAUUGUAUAACUUGUUUAGCAAGUACAAGAGUAUGAACUGAAGGAGAGAACGUUAUGACGACAAAGGAAGUACAAGCGAUUUGAAAUGAUCAAACGACCAAUACCAUGAUUAUGGACAUUAACAUACUAACCAAAGAAUAUAUCCAAGACGCGGAUGAACAAUGCGGUGUCAUUGACAUUCGAAAAUUGUAUACUUACAGAAGGAAUAUGACGCAUCAAGAAAAUAUAUUGUUUAACAUUUCCAAUUGUAUUCGACAGUCUGUUGUUUUCUUUUUCGUU